GCAGGGUCCAAAAAACAGUCAGCAGUUAAGCUCCAAGGAGUCAAAAUGGUGAAAAUAAUUUUACUAUUCCUUGUGGUUACCAUUUGCUACCAGGUAGCUACUGGAAACCCGGCCCCAAAUCUUGAUGGUGGUGGCAAAGGAGGGAAGCAGGAUGAGGAUUCCUGUGACGAAGGUCAACCACUUGGAUUCAUCGGGAAAUUAGUAACGGGGGUGAUAGAAGUUGUGCUGGGUGACGAGACCUGCGACAGCGGUGACAACUCUGGUGGUUCCGGCGGUGGCAAUGACGGCGAUGAUUGCGACAGCGGUGACAACUCUGGUGGUUCCGGCGGUGGCAAUGACGGCGAUGAUUGCGACAGCGGUGACAACUCUGGUGGUUCCGGCGGUGGCAAUGACGGCGAUGAUUGCGACAGCGGUGACAACUCUAGUGGUUCCGGCGGUAGCAAACACGACGAUGAUUGCGACAGCGAUGACAACUCUGGUGGUUCCGGCGGUGGCGAUGACGGCGAUGAUUGCGACACCGGUGACAACUCUAGUGGUUCCGGCGGUAGCAAACACGACGAUGAUUACGACAGCGAUGACAACUCUGGUGGUUCCGGCGGUGGCAAUGACGGCGAUGAUUGCGACAGCGGUGACAACUCUGGUGGUUCCGGCGGUGGCAAUGACGGCGAUGAUUGCGACAGCGGUGACAACUCUAGUGGUUCCGGCGGUAGCAAACACGACGAUGAUUGCGACAGCGAUGACAACUCUGGUGGUUCCGGCGGUGGCGAUGACGGCGAUGAUUGCGACAGCGGUGACAACUCCGGCGGCGGCGAUGAUGGCGAUGACGGCGAUGAUUGCGACACCGGUGACGACUCCGGUGGUUCCGGCGGCGGCGAUGACGGCGAUGAUUGCGACACCGGUGACGACUCCGGUGGCGGCGAUGAUGGCGAUGAUUGCGACACCGGUGACGACUCCGGUGGUUCCGGCGGCGGCGAUGACGGCGAUGAUUGCGAUACCGGUGACGACUCCGGUGGUUCCGGCGGCGGCGAUGAUGGCGAUGAUUGCGACACCGGUGACGACUCCGGUGGUUCCGGCGGCGGCGAUGACGGCGAUGAUUGCGAUACCGGUGACGACUCCGGUGGUUCCGGCGGCGGCGAUGACGGCGAUGAUUGCGACACCGGUGACGACUCCGGCGGCGGCGAUGAUGGCGAUGACGGCGAUGAUUGCGACACCGGUGACGACUCCGGUGGUUCCGGCGGCGGCGAUGACGGCGAUGAUUGCGACACCGGUGACGACUCCGGCGGCGGCGAUGACGGCGAUGAUUGCGACACCGGUGACGACUCCGGCGGCGGCGAUGACGGCGAUGACGGUGAUGAUUGCGACACCGGUGACGACUCCGGUGGUUCCGGCGGCGGCGAUGACGGCGAUGAUUGCGACACCGGUGACGACUCCGGCGGCGGCGAUGAUGGCGAUGACGGCGAUGAUUGCGACACCGGUGACGACUCCGGCGGCGGUGAUGAUGGCGAUGACGGCGAUGAUUGCGACACCGGUGACGACUCCGGUGGCGGCGAUGAUGGCGAUGAUUGCGACACCGGUGACGACUCCGGUGGUUCCGGCGGCGGCGAUGACGGCGAUGAUUGCGACACCGGUGACGACUCCGGUGGCGGCGAUGAUGGCGAUGACGGCGAUGAUUGCGACACCGGUGACGACUCCGGUGGUUCCGGCGGUGGUUCCGGCGGUGACAAAGACGACGAUGAUUGCGAUAGCGGUGACAAUUCCGGUGGUUCCGGCGGUGGUUCCAGCGGUGGCAAAGACGACGAUGAUUGCGACAGCGGUGACAGCUCCGGUGGUUCCGGCGGUGGCAAAGACGAUGAUGAUUGCGACAGCGGUGACAACUCCGGUGGUUCCGGCGGUGGCAAAAACGAUGAUGAUUGCGACAGCGGUGACAACUCCGGUGGUUCCGGCGGUGGCAAAAACGAUGAUGAUUGCGACAGCGGUGACAACUCCGGUGGUUCCGGCGGUGGCAAAAACGAUGAUGAUUGCGACAGCGGUGACAACUCCGGUGGUUCCGGCGGUGGCAAAGACGAUGAUGAUUGCGACAGUGGUGACAAUUCCGGUGGUUACGGCGGUGGUUCCAGCGGUGGCAAAGACGAUGAUGAUUGCGACAGCGGUGACAACUCCGGUGGUUCCGGCGGUGGCAAAGACGAUGAUGAUUGCGACAGUGGUGACAAUUCCGGUGGUUACGGCGGUGGUUCCAGCGGUGGCAAAGACGAUGAUGAUUGCGACAGCGGUGACAACUCCGGUGGUUCCGGCGGUGGCAAAGACGAUGAUGAUUGCGACAGCGGUGACAAUUCCGGUGGUUCCGGCGGUGGUUCCAGCGGUGGCAAAGACGACGAUGAUUGCAACAGCGGUGACAACUCCGGUGGUUCCGGCGGUGGCAAAGACGAUGAUGAUUGCGACAGCGGUGACAACUCCGGUGGUUCCGGCGGUGGUUCCAGCGGUGGCAAAGACGACGAUGAUUGCAACAGCGGUGACAACUCCGGUGGUUCCGGCGGUGGCAAAGACGAUGAUGAUUGCGACAGCGGUGACAACUCCGGUGGUUCCGGCGGUGAUCAUGGUGAUGAGAGCUGUGAAGAUGGAGGAGUCGGUGGUAUCAACCACGGCAAAAAUGUUCAAAUGGAUCCUUGUGAUGACACUUAUAUCUAUUAGAUAUACCGAAGAGCAAAAGGUUACAGUCCACAGAACAGAGUUUUUUUGCUCCGGUAAACACAUAAUUUCUGCAUAUCUGCUACUUGACACGGUAUUCCUAUUUUUCAAUCAAAUAGAUCCAAUACAUAAUUUUACUUGCUAACAAGCAC